AUCUAAUCCGACUCCGUCACGAGGCAAGCGACACAGGAUCCGAACACAAUCGGCAUUAGCCGCUGACAACGCGAGGAAAGCGACACAGGAUCCGAACACAAUCGGCAUUAGCCGCUGAGAACACGACUCGUCCUCGGCCGUCGACUCCGCUCCUCCUCGGUCCGUACGUGCUUCCAAGGUAUGUUCUUCCCCCCUUCCUCUACUCCCCAUCUAUCAAAACGAAACCCUAGAUUGAUAGAAAUACGAGAUUUUGAUUCCGCGAUUGCGGAAGAAUCGAGAUGGCUUUGUCUUCUGAUUCAUGGUUGAGGGAAUUCAAUGAAGCCUCCAAGCUUGCAGACGAUAUCAAUGCCAGGAUUUCGGAGAGGGGUUCGUUGCCCCCCUCAGGCCCGGAGACACAACGUCAUUUAUCUGCAAUUCGGAGGAAGAUAACAAUUCUUGGGACGAGACUUGAUAGCUUGGAAUCCCUUCUUUCUAAGCUUCCUAGCAAGCAGCCUAUAACAGAGAAAGAGCUGCAUCGGCGCCAAGACAUGCUUGUAACUCUGAGAUCUAGAGCCAACCAGAUGGCUUCUACGUUAAACAUGUCGAACUUUGGUAACAGGAUUUGGGGAAUUAAACAUUGGAUAAUCAUUGUUGUGAAAUCUAGGGAAGAUCUGCUUGGACCAAAUCAAAAACAGGUUAGUGAGAUAAACAGGACCACUGGAUUGGAUAACUAUGGUCUUGUUGGUCUACAGCGGCAGAUUAUGAAAGAGCAAGAUGAGGGCCUUGGGAAGCUGGAGGAGACGGUAUUGAGUACAAAGCAUAUUGCAUUGGCAGUUAAUGAGGAAUUAGAUCUACACACAAGUCUUCUUGAUAACCUGGACCAACACGUGGAUUCAACGGACUCACGCUUACAGCGAGUGCAGAAGAGACUUGCGAUUCUCAAUAAGCGGACGAAGGGAGGUUGCUCAUGCAUGUGCCUGCUGCUAGCAGUGAUCGGUAUUGUAGUCCUGGCCGCUGUCAUUUGGGCCCUCAUCAAGUACUUGUAAAGCCCAUUGUAGGGAUGGCAUAUACUGCCAGCCUGCUCAAUUGAGUUACUUCAAGGGUGCUUUGAGUUUGCGUCUUUUGUGUGCAGCGUGGAAUAUACGAUUUGCCAGUGUGAAUUUGUGUGUGGACACUGCUGAUCGCUUACAUUUUAUUUACUUGUAAAAAUGGUAUAUAUUUGGUAAUAAGUUAUAGGGAAUGCUAA